AUGCCUUCAUGGUUAAAAAAGUUGGUUAACCACCCGAAGCAAGAUGAGAUCAACGGAGGCCAACAGACGAACCAAGGCUAUGUCGCGACCCAUCUUUAUGUCUUGCUGAAAAGUGGAGACGCUCAUGACCGAGGGCUACAACUCAGCGACAUGAGACCGGUCGAAAUUCAAGUGAUAAGUAUAGGAUUGCGUGCAUGGAUAAGCUUGGAGCACGACAUAAUAUACAAGCCUAAGGGCAAACCACCACCUGCCCUUCUCCCUCAACUAGAAACGAAGCAGAUGCUUGUGAACGUGAAUAAGAAUCCCCACGAGUAUAUGGAAGAAGUGCAGAACAACAUAGCAGUGAAUAUGAAACGAUCACUUCGGUCUAUCAAUGACGUCGGUUGGGUUUUUUAG